CACUGUUGUCUGUUGUCACUGUGCUCGAAAUAAAUUUUAUCGGUCUGCGAAAAUUAUGAAUAUCCUUCCCAAAAAGAGCUGGCACGUCAGGAACAAGGAUAACAUCGCAAAGGUUCGCAGAGAUGAAGCCAAAGCAGCAGAGGAGGAGAAAGAGCGGGAGAGACGGCGGGCGCUGGCCGAGCAAGAAGCCAGAACCGAGCUUCUCCGUUCGCGAGCGAGACAACGUUUGGGGGAGGGGGGCAAAGAAGAAACUAUCCAAGGCCCAAGUUCCUCCAACGACACCACCAGUGUUACAGGGACAGAGCUUGUGCCGGCCGCAAGUUUGGGCCACCAGGGGCAUAUAAAUUUCUUCAAAGAUCUUGAAGAAGGUAAAAAGGUCGGCGGGGUAAACAAGGAACACGAGGAAGAGAAGAAGAAGGAACAAGAACAGAGGGAGAAAGACAUCGGACUCCUUACAUAUUUGGGCCAGAGUGCAGUCGAGGCACAAGGAAACAAACCCUGGUACCUGAACAAGACAAGACGCGACGACACACUUAAGAAGGAAGACGACGAGCAAGACAAAUCUUCAUCAGUGUCUAGUAGUUUGGACAUGAAAAGGAAGAAUUUCCUUGAUCCUGUACAUGACAUGAACAGAUACCUUAGCAAGAAGAGGUCUAAGCACCAGAAGGAACACAAGAAAAAACACAAAGAAAAGGACAGAGACAGACACAAAGGAAGUGAGUCCAGGAGCAGACAGGGACCUUCAGUAAGCGUACAGCAGUUAAGGGCAGAGAGGUUGAAACGUGAAGCCGAGGAAAGAGCCAAGACAGAAAGACUGCUGGCACUUCGAAGAGGAGAGGCACCUAAACCUACCGAGGCAGAAGUUAUGGAGACUUCUAAGUUCAGAUACAACUCACAGUUCAAUCCGGACUUGGUCCGUAAACCCCGACCAAGAUAUCAGCCAUAUUGAGACUAUAUUGAUACGACGGAAUUAAAUGCUACAACAUGAUUAUACUUCUUUCUUGUGGCAUUGCCAAUGCAGAAGAGAUAAUCUAGGUUGAAUGUACGAUUCUAAACUGAAAGAUUUACAUUUUUAUUCUGUACUGCACUAUGAUAGUUGCAAGCAGUAACUUGGUAAAUGUCAGCUCAGUUUCUAACUCUGUUAGUUAUACUUUUACACAUAUAACUUAAGACAGAGGAAUGACCAAGGUACUACUGACUUUUAAAGUCUAAUCUUUCAUGUGAAUGUUUGGAUAAGUGCUUGAAUAUGAAUCUGAUU